AACGCGACAUGCCGAGCACGCGCUCUCACGGCCGGGUCCAGCCCACGCUGUCCUUCCCUCGCCGAAAGUCCUGCCGAGUUUCCUCUCGCUCCAAGGCGCCGCAGCUGGAAGACAAGACCCCGUCCCCGACCAAGACCCUGGACCCGGUCCUGACCCGGAUCGGACCGCUGUCCCCGAGACGUCCCGCUGAGCAGCCCGCCCUGCUCUCCCCGACGGGAGAAGUCAUCCGCCUGUUCCCCCUCUCGCCCAGACGCCCCGCAGCCCAGCCGGCGUCCUCCGGCCCUCCCACGCCCUCCGGCCCCCCCACGAGACUCCCACUCAGCCCCAGAAAACGCACAGGUGACGACAGCGGCUGUAACACCUUCUGUAUGUUAUUCCUCUCCAGUCUGUGGAGUCCUCUCCCUGACCACCUGAGGACACCACAGACUGUGGAGGAUUUAAACGUGGCCUUCAAACCCAAUUUUUUAGGAGAGCUUUUGAUUGAACUCUUACCCUUUUCCUGGGCAGGAGGGUUUCGUGACUCUGAUCUGAAUCAGACAAUUGAGGUAGAAGAAGGAGACGAUGUGACUCUUCAGGGUCGUCUGGAGCCGCCCGACAACCUGUCUUCCUACACGUUUGAUGUGGCGAGACUCGACCUCGACGGGGAUGUCCACGGCUAUCGUAACGGAAAGGACCACCUGGCUGACCAGAUGAGUCAAUACAAGAACAGAACACACCUGAACCAUGAAGCCCUGGUCCGAAGGACUGUGAUGCUGACGAUCUCCUCAGUAACUCUGUCCGAUAGCGGAUCGUACAAAGUCUACGUCCCAGACCUGGAAGCCAGUUUUAUCACUCACGUCAUUGUUGUACCCAAAGGCCAAAGGGGCGAGGCGAAGAGAAACGAUACGACCACAACUCGACCUCCGGCUACUGACCCUGGUAAAUGUCUGAGUAGUUACCUAAUGAGCUCAAGGCAGGACAAGUGGAAACACCUGAGUUUAAUGGGGAACAGGUGUGCUAGGGGGAACUUGCCAGUGAAAAUGGAAAGAGGAACGCAACAGGAGGGGAGAAGAAACGCUGCAGAGCAGAGCCCGACCGCCACGGAGGACAGUGGAGACCAACAGCUGGGCUGGAGCAGUGGCUGCUGGGACAAGUCGUCAGGAGUGCGGGUGAACGCGUGGUGGUGCAGACCGGACUACGUCCUGAGAGCCCGAAGCAACAGGGAGACCGCAGCCACCCAAAUGAGGAUGUCGGCCGGGUGGAACACGCGACGCGGACAGGCGUAA